AUGAAUCCGUUCAAGAAAAUGUUCCAAAAAUCCAACGACGACAAGACGGCAUCGCUUAAGCACUCCAAAUCAAUGCCAUACCUCCUUUCUUUAGAAGGGAGGACGCGUGAGCACCGUGUUGAUCCUAAACCCGUAUACCGUGGCAAGACCCCCCUUAAAAAGUCCGACAUCGUAUACAUCGAGCAAGCUCCAGGGAUACUCGAGAUCUAUCAUAAACUGUCGCAACAUACCUACUACCAUGAACCGACUCGCACGGACUUAAACACGCGUGGGGACUUGCUGGCCAAGUUUCCCCAUUCCCCUGAACCAGUCGAGGGGCUCCCUCGCAGCGGUUUCAGAACGGUUUCUUUGAACUCAAAGGCUAUUGAGCUCCAAGUGCCUGUCCAUAAUUCCCGUACAAGUAGCCAGCAAGCCUGCCCCUCCAUUCCCCGCAGAACGCAGAGGCCUGUGGCCACCGUUGAUCAAGCUUCUGCAGAUGUACUGCAGAUUCCUGACGAAAAUACUCGCAGUGACAGACUAGCAGAACGUAUUCCCGCUAAUUCGAGCACUGGUCGCUCGUACACCCCUGUUCCUAUCACCCACUCUCCACGACCAGUACUCUCGCGCUCUGCACACAGCUCACGCGUACACAUUCCUCACGUCCCAUCCCGUAUCGCCAUACCAGUGCCUGCUGCGCCAGAUCAUAGACAUCCUUCCCGGCCUCACAGGCGCUACCAUGAAUUUUAUGGGCAGCAGGACCCAGAGGUCAUCCUUGGAAUGAUCAAUAAAUAUCCUAUAGCGCCUCUUCGCAGCGAACGUACCCCAGAGCACUUGCGCCCCAUUCGUUUCGAUAUCGUCGAUCCGCGAUACUUCCAGGAGGAGUUUAUGAAGAACAUAGAGACGGCCGUUGACCAAGGUCGUCCCCUUGAUGUACGCGUGGGUGGCCAAUGCCGCCGCAUCAUUGACGUGGUCGACCCAAUGUGUAUCGUUCCGGAGACUAGCAGGGAUCUUGUACAUCAGUGA